AUGUUCACGGCAAGAAUUAGGGAAAUUAUUACCAGUAUUAAGGAAACUCCGACUUUUCACCGAGCUUUUAUCCACACUUCCUACCAAAAUGAGUAUAACCUGCCUUCUUCUUACGAAACCUUAGAAUUUCUGGGGGAUAGUGUGCUCAAUGCGGCCACCGCUCUUUUUCUUUACCGUUCUUUUCCGCAUUAUACCGAGGGACAAAUGAGUAAAUUGAAACAAUUAAUGGUCCGUGAAGAAACCUUAGCCUAUUUGAGCCAAAAAAUUGGUCUAGCCACUUUCUUACGGCUUGGAGCCGUGGAAAAAAGAAAUCGCGGCGAGCGAAAAAAAAGUAUUCUCGCUGAUAUAUUUGAGUCUUUUUUGGCAGCUUUAUAUUUGGAGAAAGGUGAGAAGGAAGUCUAUGAAUUUCUCAGUUUGACUCUUUUUCCUUGGGUUAAAAACAAAGAAAAUUUAAUUUGGGAUUACAAAAGCCAGUUGCAAGAAUUUUGUCAAGCCCAAAAAAAUAAAGUCGAUUAUUACGUUCAAGAAAUUAAAAAAACGGAAAACCAGCAAAUAUUUGUUAUUCAAGUCCGGGAUGAACUUGGAACUUUUCAAGAAACCGGACAAGGCAAAAGCAAAAAGGAAGCCGAACAACAAGCCGCUAACAAAGUCUUGAAAAAACUUGCAACAACUAGUCCCGAGGAAGCAAUCAAUUCUAGCCAAGAAGUUCGGGUACGCGGAUUAGAAAGAAUAAGAUUAGUCGACGUAGCCAAGUCAAAAGGAAUUCUGUGGGGAGAAUACGAGAUUUUGUUCGAAAAAAGAUUAAGUGAGAACAAAUUAGAAGAAUUGAAAGAAAAAUUUGUGCGGCAUAUUCCCGAGGUGGUGGGAAAAGUCAAGAUUCCCCAAUCCAAAUUAACUCUGGGAGUGAUAGAGACCCAAAAGGACAUUAGUAGUUUUAUCGACCUGGUUACUCACAAUAGUAAGGAAAUCGACGAUUUAACCAAAAAAAUCGACAAGGACCUAGAAGGGCAAAUCCGCACCCGUCUCCACAACCAAUACCAAAAGUAUUACUUACAAGAAAAAUUACGGGCCAUUAAAAAACAAUUAGCCGAUUUAGAAGGUGGCUCGAAAGGAACGAAAAGUGGUGCUAAAAAUGAAAUCCAAAAGUAUUUAGAACGAUUAGAAAGUGAGCCUUAUCCGGAAAGAGUAAAAAAAAUAGUGCAAGAAGAAAUAGACCGCUACGAAAUGAUGCCAGCUUACUCGAGCGAAGCUAGAAAAAGAAGUUUAGAAAGAAGUGAUUUGGAUUUUGCUCGCCGUAAACUAGACGAAAACCAUUAUGGUUUAAUGGAUAUUAAGGAAAGAAUUAUUGAAUAUUUAGCCGUGCGAAAAAAACUAAAAGAAAGCGGCCAAAAAGAGCAAAAAAAAUCGGUGGUCCAAAUUAUGUGUUUUGUUGGUCCUCCCGGAAUAGGAAAAACUUCUUUGGCUCGGUCGAUUGCCGAAGCUUUAGGGUUAAAGUUUGCUCAUAUUUCAGUAGCCGGAAUGCGGGAUGUGGCUGAAAUAAAAGGACAUCGCCGCACCUAUAUUGGAGCUAUGCCGGGGCGAAUCAUCCAAUCGGUCAAAAAAGUUGGGGUGGAAAACUUUGUUUUUCUCAUUGACGAAAUUGAUAAAGUUUCUUAUGACCAUCGGGCUGACCCAAUAGAUGCUUUAUUAGAAGUCUUGGACCCGAACCAAAAUUUUGAAUUUACUGAUGAUUAUCUGGGUAGUGAUGAACACCUGAUUCCUGAAAAUAUAGAAAAAUACGGCUUGGCUAGUCAGGAAAUAAAAUUUCAGGACGAAGCCAUUAAAGAAAUAAUAAAAUACUACACUCGUGAAACCGGAGUGCGGGAGUUAAAUCGCCGAAUUCAGGCCGUAAUUCGGAAAUUUGUGCUCCAAAUGGUCGAGAAGAAAAAAACCAGUGUUAACAUUACUCCCAAAAACUUGCCUGAUUAUUUAAAAAAGAAAAAUUACGAACAUACUCGGAAACAAAAACAAGCUCAAAUAGGAGUAGCCACCGGAGACAUCAUGAAAGAAUCCGCCCAAGUGGCUUUGGCUUAUGUCAAAGCCAAUCACCAAAAAUGUUCCAUUGACUCUAACAUUUUUACUAAAAACGAUAUCCACAUUCAUGUUUUAGAAGGAGCCACCCCCAAAGAAGGACCGAGUGCGGGGAUUGCUUUAACUUCGGCCAUUAUUUCCGUUCUGACCGGUCAGACUAUUCCGGCAGACAUAGGUAUGACCGGAGAAAUCACUUUACACGGACGGCUUGAAGCUAUUGGUGGCUUAAAAGAAAAAGCCAUUGCCGCUCACCGCAGUGAAUUAAAAAAAAUUAUUAUUCCCAAGGCUAAUGAAAAAGACAUUGCAGACAUUCCUGAAGAAGUUCGGCAAGACCUAAAAAUCAUUCUAGCAGAAAGUUACGACGAGGCAGCAAAGCAAUUAUUUAUUUCGAAAAAAAUAUUACCAAAAAAAGGAAAAAUGGGAAUUAAUGCUUUGGAAAAAUUAGAUUAUCAACCCGUAAAUCAAAAAAACGAUUAG